GAGGUCGGAUGAGUAACAGAAAGGAAGGAGUAGAGUGAUAGAGAAAGAGAGAUCCUCCUGACAGAUGGAGGUAAAAGGGGAGGGGCAGAUAGAGCAAGAGCGGUAAAGAGAGGAGAUGAAGAGUAGGUGGUCAGGUAGACAGACAGACCUCAGCAUCCAUGGUGCCUGUGCAGACAGCUGUUUGACAGACAGCUGAAGGCAAAGGAGAUUGGACCCAGAACCUUCGUAUUCCCUUCCCAGUUCACCGUGACUAAACUUAGGCCUCCUUGUCAGGAGCAAUAUUUUGUGCAUUUCUAUAUGUGUCACACUUUCAGCCACAGAUCCAAGUAGUGAUGAAGGAUUACUGGUAUUCUCCUCUCUUCAUCUUCAUCAUACUUUAUGGAACCGGCCAGUCCAAGAACACACAAUCAGAAGAUCUUUCCUGUGUGAGCGACUACUUGACCAAUAUUUCUUGUGUGUGGCUGAGCUCUACAAAUUACUCCGGCCAGCGAUGUGAGCUUGUGGGGCAAACAGACGGAGAAAGAUGUGAGCUGGUGCCACUGAGCAGUCAAUCACAUUCGACCAGAGGUUGUUCUAUAACCUAUAAAAAGCAUUACUUUUUUUUCAUUAACAAAAUCUGGUUGAGUGUCACCUGCAAUGGAUCUGUCAGAACUAAACAACAUUUUCAGCCUGGCCGGCACAUUAAGACUCAACCACCAGAUAAGCCCAUUGUAAGCACGGAUAACAUAACUUGGAGUAAAGGCAGAAAUUUUCCAGAAGACAUAACGGAUUAUGAAUUCCAGCUGCAGUUUAAACCCGCACAUGCAAGAUGGGAGACAGCAAGGCAUUGGAAUAUCUCUCAUGGAAGUUACGUGCUGCUGGACCAUAAUUUCCUGACUGCAGGAGAAGAGUACCAGGCCAGGGUGCGCGUGAAGCCUGUUGAACCCAUAAAUGAUGGUUACUUUCAGGGGCAAUGGAGCGACUGGAGUCCUGCUGUGUCCUGGAGGUCUGAGAUUGGAAAGCCAGUGAAUUCAGAGGAUGAUGUGUCAUCACCAGAUAUGCGUGUAGUUCUGAUCAUUGGCUUCCAUAUCUUGCUUGUUCUGGCUGGUCUUUCCUUGGUCAUCUAUAAGACAAAGAAAAGCAACCGGUUAUUAAAAUCAAACCAUCAACAUGUUCCAGACCCCUCCAGAUAUUUCCAGCCUCUUCACACCGUUCACGGUGGAAACUUCCGGAACUGGCUGGGCUUUCAGAAUUCUGUUGGGCCAUUUCUUACCCCUCAGUCAUGUGACGAUAUCUCACCUGUAGAGAUCUCUGAUAUUUGGGACCUGUCCUUGAUGGAUCCCGAUGCUCAGAUGGCUACUUCCGCGCUUGUUCACUCCAAUCAGAUGGACUCUGGUCUCGAGAACAGCGGCACCAGCCAUGCUUCGUCAUCUGGUUUCUCUAACAUGGGCUACUUCUAUAGCAAAUCGCGUUCAGGCUCCCUUUACCUCGAAUCCUGCCCUGUGUACUUCACCUAUCACCCUGAGGAAGGCACGAGCUCCACUGUCUCGUCGCCUGGGUCUUCAUAUGACCGUUUGCAAACCCCAAGUUACCAGAUGGAACAGCCGAAUAGCCCGGAUUCAGGGUUCGACAUGCCUGGAGAGCAGAAAUGUGAGGAAGACCAAGAUGAUGAAGACAUCAAUGGCGAGGAGAGGGCCGCGGCAGAAGGACGUGCGCUGGUUUCCUUCAUUAUGUCACUGUCACAGGGUUCCCUCGGUGCUGUUCGGCCAGCAGAAAGUUUCGCUCCGGUGCCCAUCAUCACACCGUGGUCUGAACCUGUGAGAUCACCCAGCUGUAGUUCCACCUCUGAGCCUGCAGAGGGCGCUGUGGUCAGACCCUCCUCCAUGAUUGAGCCUUGCGGGAGUGGAUAUUUGACCCUGAAGGAGAUGCAGAAAUACAGCAACAAAUCCAUCUGAACGCCUGUCUAUUCCAUCUCUGUCAGUCAGAUAGACUACUGUUUAAUGUUUGGGGUUGGAAAGAUUUUUUAAUGUUUUUGAAAGAAAUCCUUUAUGCUCAGCAAGGCUGCAUUUAUUUGAUAAAAAAAAAAAAAUGCAUCAUUACUCAGUGUCACAUGAUCCUUCAGAAAUCAUUCUAAUAUGCUGAUUUGAUGAUCAAGA